UGUUGACCCACCUCGUCCUUCAGCUGCCUCCUGCACCGCUCUUCUGCCCCAGUGAGACUCCGGAGUAAAACCGGUCACAGAAAUACUCUAAAAUAUUGUGGGCAGUGAUGGUGAUCGACAUAAUAAUCAGUCCCAGCAGCAUCCUGCAGCCUCGAGGCAGCUUCCCUACAAAGCUGCUGGGGGGCAGGUCUGCUGGGGCAGAUAUUCCUGGGGGAACAUUCAGGCUGGUGGGAUGAGCAGGUCACCUUGGGGGAUUCUCCAGUUUCUUGGGAAGCGAUUUGCCCCUGCAAGCUUUGCCCUCAUGAAGCCUUUAUGGAUGUGGGGGAGGAGCGGGGGAUGCUCAGCACCGGUGGGAGCACAGACCCCGUGGCAGCCUCUGAUGGCAGGACCCAGAUCCUGUUGGAUCAGCUGUGAUGGCAUGGGGGUGCCAGGGCUGAACCCCUGACCCAGCCUGCAGCACACAGCCCCUGCCCCGGGGGGCGGAGGGUUAACCGGGGAGGGUUUGGUUAACCAGCACAGGCGGGAUGCCAAGCACAGAUUAACCAGUUGAAGACGUCACUUUCCAUUACGGGAAAGGCUCCCACAUCGCCCUGAAGCUAUUGGUCCCGGAGAUUAGUUGCUGGAGCGCUGGGCUCCCGGCAAAGGGCAGGGGUCCGUCGGCGCGGCAGCACCCAGGGGCGAUGCGGAGCGCCGGGAGCUGCUCCAAGGGGCAUCGCCUGGGCAGCUGAGGACAACCAUGUGGGAGCGGGUCAGGAGAGCUCUGCUGAACUCGCUGUCCACCACCUUCCGGCACAUCUGGAAGUGGGUACGGGCUUUCUGGCAUAAAAAUGGCCUCUUGACCCUGUCGAUGCUGUCGGUUGCCACCGGGUGCCUGCUGGGGUUCCUGCUGCGGGUGCUGGAGCUGACGGAGCUGGAGAAGCAGUACUUUUCCUUCCCUGGAGAACUCCUCAUGAGGAUGCUGAAGAUGCUGAUCCUGCCCUUGAUCACCUCCAGCCUCAUGUCCGGGCUGGCCAGCAUGGACUCCAAGGCCUGCGGGAAGAUGGGGGUGAUCACCAUCACCUACUACCUUUGGACCACCUUCAUGGCAGUGACCGUUGGGAUCAUCCUCGUGGUCAGCAUCCACCCCGGCGCAGCUGCCCAGAAGGACAACUACUCCGUGGGGAAAGUGGUGCUCAGCUCCGCCGACGCGUUACUGGAUUUGAUCAGGAACAUGUUUCCUUCUAACCUGGUUGAAGCUUCAUUCCAGCAGUACCGAACCGUUCUUGUCCCGGUGGUGAAGUCUCCCGUCUUGCCAAAGAUCCCAGCGAAAUCGCUCAGUUUUAUUUACUUUGCACCCGACGACCAAAACCCUGAAAUUCAUCGGCCUGUGUUCCUCGAGCUGACGCCGUCACCCGAGAUGACCUACAGGACUCUGCCGGGGACCAACAACGAGAUGAACGUCUUGGGAAUCGUCAUCUUCUCAGCAACGAUAGGACUUCUCCUGGGAAAAAUGGGUGAGCGAGGAACCCCGCUGGUUAACGUGUGCCAGUGCCUGAACGAAGCCGUUAUGAAAAUUGUCUCAAUGGCAGUUUGGUACUUCCCCUUUGGCAUCGUAUUUCUCAUCGCUGGCAAGAUCCUGGAGAUGGAAGAUCCAUCGGUUAUUGGGCAGAAGCUGGGAUUAUACACUAUUACAGUAGUGUCAGGGCUCUUCAUCCACGGAGCCGUUCUCUUACCUCUGCUUUUUACCCUCAUCACCAAGAAAAACCCCUUUGCUUUCAUUCAGGGGAUACUGCAAGCCUUGUUGAUCGCCUUAGCUACAUCUUCCAGCUCCGCAACCUUGCCCAUCACCCUGAAGUGUCUCCUGGAAAACAACAGGAUCGACAGGCGCGUGGCACGCUUCGUCCUCCCCGUGGGUGCCACCAUCAACAUGGACGGCACUGCGCUGUACGAGGCGGUUGCUGCCAUCUUUAUCGCCCAGGUCAACGAAUAUGACUUGGAUUUGGGACAAAUUAUAACGAUAAGCAUAACGGCAACAGCAGCAAGCAUAGGGGCGGCCGGCAUCCCCCAGUCCGGACUCGUGACGAUGGUCAUCGUGCUCACUUCUGUGGGGCUGCCGACUGAUGACAUCACCCUCAUCAUCGCAGUGGACUGGGCGCUGGAUCGAUUCCGAACUAUGACCAACGUCCUCGGUGAUGCUCUGGCUGCUGGCAUCAUAGCACACGUCUGCGAGAAAGACUUUGCCCCGAAGACCCCCACGCAGGAUACAGUAAGCAAGACGGACAAGUCUCCUUCGGCAGAGAGCUCCCAUCUGCAUCCCAAAGACAAUGUGAUCGAGAUGAUCGAAGAAAGUUUGUUUGAUCAGACAGGAGCUCAGUACAACAUCUGUCAGGUGUAGGUCACAC